UUCAUCACAUCAUCUUCAUCUCAAUUCAUAUUUCCUCUCAAUUCAUAUUUCUCUCAAUUGACCGCUCUCUCUCUACCCUUUCACUCCCCACCGGGAGGCUACCGUCGAACCUCCCGAAAGGAACCCUCUCCCCUCUUCUUCGUCCUGACCAUCGCACCAUGGCUGCCUCCAAUCCACCCGUCUCCGUCGUGCCCGAGGAGGCGAUCGACGACGUCGUCGAGGACCACUCCCCCUCCAACUACGAGCACUCCGUCCACCGCAGACUGCGCGCAAACUCCACCAUCAUGCAGUUCCACAAGAUCCUCGUCGCCAACCGCGGCGAGAUCCCCAUCCGCAUCUUCCGCACCGCCCACGAGCUGUCCCUCCAGACCGUCGCCGUCUACUCCUACGAGGACCGCCUCAGCAUGCACCGCCAGAAGGCGGACGAGGCCUACAUGAUCGGCCGGAGGGGCCAGUUCACCCCCGUCGGCGCCUAUCUCGCCGGCGACGAGAUCAUCCGCAUCGCCGUCCAGCACGGCGUCCACCUCAUCCACCCGGGCUACGGCUUCCUCUCCGAGAACGCUGAGUUCGCCCGCAACGUCGAGAAGGCCGGCCUCGUCUUCGUCGGCCCCACGCCGGACACCAUCGACGCCCUGGGCGACAAGGUCUCCGCCCGUCGCCUCGCCAUCAAGUGCGGCGUCCCCGUCGUCCCCGGGACCGAGGGCCCCGUCUCCCGCUUCGAGGAGGUCAAGGCCUUCACCGACCAGUACGGCUUCCCCAUCAUCAUCAAGGCCGCCUUCGGCGGCGGUGGCCGCGGCAUGCGUGUCGUCCGCGACCAGGAGUCCCUCCGCGACUCCUUCGAGCGCGCCACCUCGGAGGCCAAAUCCGCCUUCGGCAACGGCACCGUCUUCGUCGAGCGCUUCCUUGACAGGCCCAAGCACAUCGAGGUCCAGCUGCUCGGCGACAACCACGGCAACGUCGUCCACCUCUACGAGCGUGACUGCAGCGUCCAGCGCCGCCACCAGAAGGUCGUCGAGCUCGCCCCGGCCAAGGACCUCCCCGUCGACGUCCGCGACAGCAUCCUCGCCGACGCCGUCAAGCUGGCCAAGUCCGUCAGCUACCGCAACGCCGGCACCGCCGAGUUCCUCGUCGACCAGCUCAACCGCUACUACUUCAUCGAGAUCAACCCCCGCAUCCAGGUCGAGCACACCAUCACCGAGGAGAUCACCGGCAUCGACAUCGUCGCCGCCCAGAUCCAGAUCGCCGCCGGCGCCACCCUCGAGCAGCUCGGCCUCACCCAGGACCGCAUCUCCACCAGAGGCUUCGCCAUCCAGUGCCGCAUCACCACCGAAGAUCCCACAAAGGGCUUCCAGCCCGACACCGGCAAGAUCGAGGUCUACCGCUCCGCCGGCGGCAACGGCGUCCGUCUCGACGGCGGAAACGGCUUCGCCGGCUCCAUCAUCACCCCGCACUACGACUCCAUGCUGGUCAAGUGCACCUGCCACGGCUCAACCUACGAGAUCGUCCGCCGCAAGAUGCUCCGUGCCCUCGUCGAGUUCCGCAUCCGCGGCGUCAAGACCAACAUCCCCUUCCUCGCCUCCCUCCUGACCCACCCGACCUUCAUCCAGGGCACCUGCUGGACCACCUUCAUCGACGACACCCCCGAGCUCUUCGCCCUCAUCGGCAGCCAGAACCGCGCCCAGAAGCUCCUCGCCUACCUCGGCGACAUUGCCGUCAACGGCAGCAGGAUCAAGGGCCAGAUCGGCGAGCCCAAGUUCAAGGGCGCCAUCAGCAUGCCCACCAUCGUCGACGAGGCCGGAACACCCGUCGACGUCUCCGUCCCCUGCCAGAAGGGGUGGAAGCAGAUCCUCGACCAGCAGGGUCCCGCCGCGUUCGCCAAGGCCGUCCGUGCCAACAAGGGCUGCUUGAUCAUGGACACCACAUGGCGCGACGCCCACCAGUCUCUCCUCGCCACCCGUGUCCGAACCGUCGAUCUGGUCAACAUCGCAAAGGAGACGAGCCAUGCCUACAGCAACGCCUACAGUCUGGAGUGCUGGGGCGGCGCCACCUUCGAUGUCGCCAUGAGAUUCCUUUACGAGGAUCCCUGGGACCGUCUCCGGAAGCUUCGCAAGGCUGUUCCAAACAUUCCGUUCCAGAUGUUGCUCCGUGGAGCCAACGGUGUCGCCUACUCUUCCCUCCCUGAUAACGCCAUUUACCACUUCUGCAAACAGGCAAAGAAGUACGGUGUCGAUAUCUUCCGUGUCUUCGAUGCCUUGAACGAUAUCCACCAGCUUGAGGUCGGCAUGAAGGCCGUCCAGGCCGCUGGAGGUGUCGUCGAGGGUACUCUCUGCUAUAGCGGUGACAUGUUGAACCCCAACAAGAAGUACAACCUCAACUACUACCUUGAUCUUGUCGACAAGAUCGUCGCCCUCGGCACCCAUGUCCUCGGUAUCAAGGACAUGGCGGGUGUGUUGAAGCCCCAGGCAGCCACCAUGCUCAUCGGAGCGAUCCGCAAGAAGUACCCCGAUCUUCCCAUCCACGUUCACACCCACGACUCCGCUGGCACCGGUGUCGCCUCCAUGGUGGCUUGCGCCUUGGCUGGCGCUGAUGCCGUCGACGCCGCCACCGACAGCAUGUCCGGAAUGACCUCCCAGCCCAGCGUCGGAGCCAUCCUGGCUUCCCUCGAAGGCACCGAGUGCGAUCCAAAGCUUGACAUCCGAAACGUCCGCGCCAUCGACUCCUACUGGGCUCAGCUGCGCCUCCUCUACUCUCCGUUCGAGGCUGGCUUGACCGGACCCGAUCCCGAGGUCUACGAGCACGAGAUCCCCGGCGGCCAGCUCACCAACCUGAUCUUCCAGGCCCACCAGCUCGGUCUCGGGACCCAGUGGGCCGAGACCAAGAAGGCGUACAAGCAGGCCAACGACCUUCUCGGCGACAUCGUCAAGGUCACACCUACUUCCAAGGUUGUUGGUGACCUUGCGCAGUUCAUGGUCUCCAACAAGCUCACCCCCGACGACGUUAUCGCCCGUGCCGGCGAGCUCGACUUCCCCGGCUCCGUCCUCGAAUUCCUCGAGGGUCUCAUGGGCCAGCCUUACGGCGGCUUCCCCGAGCCCCUUCGCUCCAAGGCCCUCCGUGACCGCCGGAAGUUGGACAGCCGCCCCGGCCUGCACCUCCCGCCUCUGGAUCUCGUGAAGAUCAAGGCCGAUCUCAAGGAGAAAUACGGCACUGCCACCGAGUGCGACGUGGCCAGUUUCGCGAUGUAUCCCAAGGUCUACGAGGACUACCGCAACUUCGUCUCCAAGUACGGAGAUCUCUCCGUCCUCCCGACCAAGUACUUCCUCUCCAGACCGGAGAUCGGCGAGGAGUUCUCCGUCGAACUUGAGCAGGGCAAGGUGCUGAUCCUCAAGUUGUUGGCCGUCGGGCCGCUCUCCGAGCAGACCGGCCAGCGCGAAGUCUUCUACGAGAUGAACGGAGAAGUCCGACAGGUCGCUGUUGACGAUAUCCUCGCGGCUGUCGACAACACGAGCAGGCCGAAGGCCGAUCCCAACAACAGCAGCCAGGUCGGCGCGCCCAUGAGCGGUGUUGUGGUCGAGAUUAGAGUCCACGAUGGAUUGGAAGUGAAGAAAGGAGACCCAAUUGCCGUUCUUAGCGCUAUGAAGAUGGAAAUGGUCAUCUCAGCACCACAUCAUGGCACCAUCUCCGGAUUACUUGUGAAGGAAGGGGAUUCUGUGGAUGGACAGGAUCUUAUCUGCACAAUUCACAAGGUGUAAAGCUAGUGUUUUAUUUUUUUAUUUUAUUUUUUCUUUUUGUUCCUUUUUUAUUUUUGUGUAUGUGUGAUUGACUAGACUAGUCCCUGGUGAUGUUUAUAUUUGUUGUCCAAUGUCGGCGGCAAAAAGAAAAAAUAUUAUGCUCUUGGAAGAACAAAAUUUGUUUUGGCAUAUUACCUCUUUUACUGUUUAGCAAAGAAGUGAAAAGAGUUUUCAUUUUGAGACUCUUUCUUUU